GUGCUUUCCACUUUCUCUAGCAAGCAUCAUGAGGUUUCAAAGCGGGUUUACCGAAUCUGUUGAUGCCUCCAAAGAAGAAACGUAUCCACAAGGUGCCGAGGGCAGAGCUGGUAUUCCUUGAGAGGCCACGAGAGGGACCCGUCCGUUGCUCCGAGACUGCUCUGCCCUCAGCUAAGAAUCCAAGGCCUGUUCCUACAAAACCUGUAGAUCAGAACACCUCGGCUGACUGGGUCUGCCCACAGUUUGAAACAACCAAGUCAGUGGUGUUGAAAGGACGCCAGAAGCAGCACUGUGGUCCUCACAAAACCCAGUCCAGGAAUUCCAGCCACAGUUUACUUCAUGCAGGAGGAGCUUGUCAAAAAACUGUAGCCUGCAAAUUUCUCCCUUUAACUUUUGAGACUCCAGAAGGAUUUGCAGUCCCCCUAGCAAAUUAUCCAAAUUGCUCAAGGAAGAGCAAACAGUGCUCCAACAGCCACGCCAACAAAGGGAGAGCAACAAAAGCCAGCAUCCAGGUGCACAGUCAGGAGACCUCUGGAGAAAUACUUUUGUUACCUGCUUCCCAACCUGUGGAGCUGGAAGUGCUUAGUCCAGCAGGUAUAGCGAUUCCAGAGGUGCCUUCCAUAAGGAACCAGCAAUGCAUCAGCACUCUGCCAAAACAAAGCAGCCAUGUCUGGCAUCCAGAAAAUGAGCUGACAUUUGGUAUUGACCCCCGUGGGAGAGGGGAGUCGGCAGCGGUGCUGGUUACAGAUACUCCUGAGCGCGAGUAUGGGGUAAAGGUGACCUGGAGGCAGCGACCUCAUCUGAGGAGAUACCUGCAGGAGAGAGGAAGGCUGAGUGCUGCCGAUGUACUGGUGAAAGCAAACCUCGAGCUCUCAAGGAGGCAGGCUAACCUCUGAUGUCGUGGGAGCAAUAAUUUUAUUCUCUUCAAAGAUGCAUCC